AUGAGAACCUGUGUAACAGCCCAGACUAUACCCACUCCAAAGUUGCACAGUGAACGAUCAGAUUCAUUUCGUUGUCUCAAAAUGAAGUCUGUAUUGGCUCUUAUAGCCAUCUUUGCCAUCUUGCCACUACCCUCAUCACAAUACGAGCGUUUAACAAGUAUCAUCGCUGGCUUUCUCAAUAACAAUGUUUGCGAAGUGGAGAGCGAUGGUCAAAGACUAAAUAGCAUCAUUAAGAACUUAAGCAUAAAAAAUCAAAAAGAUCCUCAAUGUUGUGAAGGUUGGUCAAGGCCUAAUGGAAUAAUUUAUGGCGAAGAUCCUUGUUUUACACCUGUUUGCCGUCAGAGUUGUGGUAAAGGUGAAUUCUGCAUCUUACCAGAAACAUGUUUAUGCGUUGGAAUUUAUUCAGAUUGCUUCUUUAACAGCCAAUUCUUCAAAAGCCAAGAUAAUACUGAUUUACUUAUCGAAUCUAAAAAGGAUCAUAAAUUGGUUGGAUUGCCUCGUAGUAACCAUACUUGUCCAGUCGAUAUACCACAAUUCGUUAGUGCAGCAUGUUUAGCGGAUCGUCAAACUGAACUAGCCCAAAGUCAAACUAUAUAUGCAUUACGUCAAACACCAGAUUUUAAUAAUCCUCUGCGGGAUCCAACUGUGUUAAUUCCACCACUAUGGGAUGCCGAUCCAGGCACAGCAUUCGGUGUUGCAUUUAGUGAUCCAUUGGAAAAUCCAUGGUUUUUUUCGUAUCAAUUCACGUUACAGGACAGUGCUAACUUAGCGGCCACUUUCCUUACCACUGGCAAUAAUUCUCUUCGAGACUUUACCGUUAUUGAAGACUACAAGGCGUUGUUUUCCUUCUUUUACGAUGCGCAGUUGGUUAAGCAACUAGUUACGAUCAGUGACGUUCGUCAUUAG